AUGAAAAGUGAUAGUUUACUGCACCCCAACCGAACAAGCAUGGACAACUGUUCAGUUUCAGUACGUAGAAAUGACUCUGGGAUGUUAUAUUGGGAAGAAGUGAACAGCUCCAACCCGAGCGACCUCCACUGUGAGGUCACUUAUGUUGAUCUUCAAGAAGAGGAGGAGGUCAUGGAGAGACUCCUGAACAUGCAUGUAACAAACUCUAGUUACCAGUAUACCGACGAAACGUGUUUGCUGAUAUUGAGUUAUCUAAAGGAAUCCUCCCAUGGCACAAUCCAACUUGCACGAGAUGCCACAAUCAAUGACUUGCUACUGCUGCUUAGAAAAUGGUGUUUAGAAGGCCCCUAUGAUAAAGAUCUGGAAGUUUCUCGUUGUUAUGUCCGUGGCAAGCCAAUCAAAAUAAGUAAUACAGUCUCUGAUAACCCGUCUGUAUGGAAGCAACUUGCCAUGAUAGUGAAGCAACGUCUAAUGAACAGUGAAAAGGAUAAAAUGUUGGUUGCCAUGUCGCCGAUGGUACGAUACUAUGGAGAUUUAUACCCGGAUAAUGGGAGGGACAUUGAUUAG